CCAAUUUACUUUAUUUCCCCAUUCUUUUCUGAGAUCUAUUUUGGUCUUAAAAAAAAUCUUGUCAAAGAGUAAUCACUUGUCAUACACAAUUAUUUCAAUCCUAGAUUGAAACAUUUAUUGCUUAAAAGAGGAAAUAAAAACUCAGUUUGUUUUUAACAGAUUUAUUUUAGGUUAUGCAAGACUCCAUUGAAGUGCAUAGAAUGACAUUGUUGUGCAAUGAAUGUGAAUUGGAAUUAACUCAUUGAACCCAUUAAGAGAGUAUUGCAGUUGUGAAUGUAUGAAACGAUGCGACAGAUAUUUAUAAAAAUUUUAAUAUAUUUGCUAGGUUCAUCGAUUUUUAUCCUUGUUACUGAAGUAGAUGGGUGGCUAGCAAGUUAAUAAUUUGUAGCAAUACAUGUUCUUACUAAAAAAAAAAAAAAAGGAAGAAAGAAAAUGAAGAAAAAACAACAAUCCCCGUUCAUGGAUGAGGAAAUCCAUACAUUUGCUUCAGAUGUAAUGGCUCUAUUUUGGUCAGCAACUUGCCCCUGGCUGCCUGGAUUCCACAGCUACCAAAUCCAACACAGAAGUUUAGGAAAAAUUAUCCUUUCUGCCCAAGUAGAAACCUGGCUCUGUGGCUGCUUCCCAUUCUGAGUCUCCUGCUUGCUGAGUUCUGCAAACUAAAAGAUUCUCCACGCCAAGUGCUCAGUUGCUUUGUGCUGUCUUCUCUUCUUCCAGAACUGCAGUAGCUAAGGCAGGACUAACAGGUACUCCCCUGUGCUCCCUUACUCAUUAGUUACAAUACAGUACAGAAACCACACAUGCAUUUAUUCUGUGAUAACAGUAACUGAACAAACGAUCAUUUGAGGGAUCUCUUCUGUCAUUGCUGGGAGAGAAAAAGACUAUUGAGUCAUGGCAUCUCAACAUUAAUUAGCUGUGCUAACCAAGAAGCCAUUACAAAGAUAUUUAUCUUUUAGGCUUAUUACUUAGUGCAAUGAGGAAGAAAACUGGCAUGUUAUAUAUUAUAAGAGAACUGAUUUGAUUAUUAUCAGAAAUUUGAUGUGGGUGCUGGGUUCAGCCACGAUACCAAUUACCCAGCUCAGUCUUCCUUAUGUUGUUUUUGCAUAGGUGUAAAAUGCACUGAAUCAUUUUUUCCUGUAAAAUGACCACACUGGUAUGAUCUGAUUGUGUCUUUAUUACCUCCAGUUUUGUGUUCUUCUGAUUCAUUCAUUUCUUUUCACCACUGUAUUUUCAGUAUCUGCAUAGCAACCACAUGCAAGAAUAAUGAGAUCACUGCAUUUCUCAAAGGCAGUAUGAAUGUAAUAGGGGGAAUAGUUGGGUCAUAGCACAAGAAAUAACUGAUAGGGAAUUAGAUGUCAGAAUGGUGAAGAGCUUAGAAUGUAAGGCUAACAAGUCACAAGUUACUAUGUACAUUUUUAAUUAACUAGAGUCCAUUAAUUUAGAAAUUUCAUUCCAGUUUCUGCUCUCAUUGCUUUGGCACAAGUAUGUGCAUUGCUGGGAAACUUGCACAUUUUGCCCACGUUUCACAAAGCUGAAGCAGUGAAGUUAGAGGCUGGGUGGUUUUCCAUGUGUAACUUGGUAUGUGUCCUCAGUCCAUGCAGGUGAUGAAACAAAAUGUCUGAGAAAUAAUUUCACAUCUUUUAGCCCCUGUUUUUACUGCCAUGCCCUUCUUUUUUCUCCUUUUUACUUUCUAUCCCUUGUAUCUUUUUUUUUCUUUUUUCUCCCAUAUAAAAGAAGCUUUCUAUCUGCAUCUCCUAUCCAUCAAAAAUAAUAUGUUUAUUUAGAAUUUAAUGAUGUUUUCAUCCUCCUAGAAUCCACUUUUGAAACGUUUUAAUGUAGACAUAAAGAUGACGUUUGAUGAUAUGUUCUGGAAAAGAAUCACAUUUGGAUAUACAUUUGGAGGUUUUCAGUGUUUGAAUAUGAACUGUUUCAUAGGCAGCAUAUUACCAAAUGGGGGAAACUUCCUUUUGAACCCGUGACGAUUCCCGUUCGGUUACUGAGGCUUUUGCUCACGGAGCUCUUUUACCAUUUACGGGACCGUGCGGGAGAUGGGCAGACAACGUCCUGUCCCCACGGAGAACGUCUUUAUUCCCGAUUUCCCGAGCCGGCGAGGUCCUUGGGGCCCGAUGUAGGGAGAGAGGAGCAGAGGCUCGGCCGGCCGCUAGGUGGCAGCGCCGCACCGCACCGGGGCCGCCGCAGCAGGAGCGGGCUGGCAGGUGCUGUUCAGUGGUCCCUGUGUCGGUGGGGUUCUGUCCUGGGCGCUGCUGUGCUCUCCUCUGCUCUGCUCUGCUCCUUUAGCGCCUGGGAGAGGCAUUUGUAACAACCACAGCGAAAGUUUCAUAGGCCCUCAUUAGGAAAACUAUUUAUCCUUGAGCUUCUCCCAUCAGAUCAAAACUCGUGAUAAGAGGUGGAAAUAGUUUAAUUUUUCAUCCCAAGGUUUUAAGCUUUGGUUGAAGCACAGUCUGCUGUUCCUUAGGCCUCUUUUGAAGUGCUCCCACCCACGCUGCUGAUAGCAGGGAGAGCUAUACGACUCCUUUCAGCCGGAGAAAAGGGGUAGCUGAAGUAGUGUGGGAGCCUGCCGUGUCUUUGAAGUGCAAAUUACAGCAGCUGAGACGUCUCAAAUACCUGUAGAGUAGGAGUAAAAAAGUUUCAGUGACAGCUAAAUAAGUAGGGUAUAAGAAAUUAGAACUUAAAAAACAACAGAAGCCCACACAACUCUGCUGAAUUUGAUGUGCCAAAUCAAACGUGGUCUAUGUAAUAAAUCUCUGCAAUUAAUUGAGAUGUUGAGCCUGUCUCAAACAUACGUACUUAGCUGGAAUAUAUGGAUUAUUUUCUAGGUUACAGUGUGUAAUGUACCAUAUUGCAGUCUUUUACUCAGACCUAAUUGCUCUAAAAUAAUGCAGCCAGUCUCACUUCUAGUGGAAUUCCACCACCUGAGGUGACCUUGCUUAUUUCAGACAAUUUAAUUUCCAUCACUACUCAGAGUCAGAUCUAAUCCCUGUCUUAUUUCUGUUUACAUUGUUUAGAGGUUUAGAAUGCCAGUUCUUCAUUCCUCACUGAUUAUAAAUCUCAUUCUCCCAUUGAUGGAAGAUCUUAGAAGCACCAACAUUUGCAUGUGCUAAAUGAGCGUUAAAUUCAUAUCCUGCUGUUUUAUUAGCCCCAGAGUGCAAUUUCAGAAUUUAUACUGUCCAGUGACUGAGUUUAAACUGUUCUCUUUUUCCCUUUGCUCUCUUUCAAACUUUUGUGAUCCUGGCUUGGUUUUUGUUUUUGCUUUGGAUUGGGUUUCUGGCUGUUUUCAUUUUUGGAAAAAGGGUUUUCAAUGGCCAGAUGUGUUCUCUUCUCCAUUCUGCAUGUUCCACAAAUGUUUCUGCUGGUAGGAUAGCGGAUUAACAGUGGGUACUAAGAAGCAAGUAGAAAUACUUCAACUUGUUUCAUGAGCAAAUUAAAUCAUUGUGAUUUUCACAACCACGUAGAAAACCAUGACUUUCUGGAAUGUGUCCCAUGCAGGUUACUGGUGCUGUAGGUAUUUCUAGUACUUGAGAUCAAUGCUGCAUGAUCUCCCCGUUUGUUCAGUGUAGCACUGCUGUGUGUACAUGGCAUCUAUUGAUUUGGAGAGCACGGAUUGCAUCUGUAGCACAGGUAUCAGUUGUUCAAAGAGGAAGCAAUAAAAGCCCUCGAGGAAACGUUUUUAGGUCCUGAUCUAAGCUUCUCUGCAGUUAGGCUAAGGAUUGUCAGCUGUUCUGCUUUGUCUUGAGCUGUGGCAGUUUUCAAACUGGGCAUCUUGUACUUGAUCCUUUGAAAUCAGUGUAUUUAAAUAUAGCUGGAGUUCUGUGCUGCAAUAGUAAUAUGCUGCUUUUUUCAUAUCCUUGGUAUUUCAAAGGCUUGUUUACUUAAUGUUAUGCCGAAGCAAAAUUACUGUGUUGAAGUGGUACUUUCCUAGUUUAAGCAAGUGCAUAAUUUACAUGUGACUCUGCACCGUAGCACAGUUUUGUAUUUGAGGAACACAAGUAUUUCUCUAUACAGCUUUUCUGUACUGACUCUGGGGCACGAUGCAGCCCUGCGGUGUCAGCAGAGGUGAGUCAGGUCACUCAGAUUUGGGAGGACUGCAGCUUGUCAGUUCUUUGGCUCUGAAGAAACAGUAAUUUAAUGACUCAUUUCUCGAGGUCUAGUAUGAGGAGGGAGAUAAGUGAGACAAGUCCUCCAGUCUGCUCUUUUCUGUAGGAUGAGCGAGUCUUUUCUAACUCGUCUAGGAGCACGAACCUUCGGCUGGCAGACGAGCCGCAGCAGACCUCGGGAACGGUGCAGGAGCAACGCUGGCAGGCAGAACGGGGCAGCUCCUCGAAACCCUAGAAGAGCCUCGCUUCCCGGGGCCACGCCACAUGAGCGCGAAAAGUAAUUUAACGCGGGCUGCGGGCGGGGUCUCGGUGAUGUAACAGGAAGCUCUGAUGGCUCGCUGCUGCCGCCGCUCCUCACUUAGCAGCCGAACCUCUCCCGGCGCUGCCCAGAGCCGCGCUCCUCUGCCGGGCUGUCGGACUGCACCGUGCCCUGCGGGCGCCUGCGCGGCUCCGAGCCGGCCGGGCGGGGAGGCGAAGGAGCAGCUCUCCGCUCUCUCGCUGGGAAGGGAGAGCCAAGUGAUCGAGCUCGGAGCAACUCUGCGUGUGUGAGUUAAUUCAAUCACAACAUAAAAUACACUGCGUCAGAUAUGAAAAUGACAAAAAACUGGAUCACAUUCUUGCUGUUCUUCCUCUCAGUUACUUUGUUAUUUGCCACUGCUAUUCCAUCUGAAGGUCAUCAAAAUAUGACAGAGGACUUUGGUCAACUGAGUUUUACACGGAAUAAAAUUAUGACAGCACAGUAUGAAUGCUACCAGAAAAUUAUGCAAGAUCCUAUUCAUAGGAAAGAAGGUCCUUACUGUAACAGGACAUGGGAUGGCUGGUUGUGCUGGAGUGAUGUUGCUGCAGGAACUGUAUCAGUACAGCACUGUCCUGACUACUUCCAAGAUUUCAAUCCAUCAGAAAAAGUUACAAAGAUCUGUGAUCCAAGUGGGAACUGGUUUAGACACCCAGAAAGCAACAGGACAUGGACAAACUACACCCAGUGUAAUAUCUAUACGCAUGAAAAAGUGAAGACUGCUCUGAAUUUGUAUUAUUUGGCCAUCAUAGGACAUGGUCUUUCAAUUGCCUCACUUCUGAUUUCUCUUGGCAUAUUCUUUUACUUUAAGAGCUUGAGUUGCCAAAGGAUUACCCUACAUAAAAAUCUCUUUUUCUCUUUUGUUUGCAACUCUGUUGUAACAAUAAUUUCACUGACUGCAAUUGCCAACAAUCAGGAAUUAGUUGCAGCUAAUCCAAUUAGCUGCAAAGUGUCAAUGUUUAUCUACCUGUACCUAAUGGGUUGCAACUACUUCUGGAUGCUCUGCGAAGGCAUUUACCUGCAUACUCUUAUUGUAGUGGCUGUUUUUGCUGAGAAACAGCACUUGAUGUGGUAUUACCUUCUUGGCUGGGGUUUUCCACUGAUCCCUGCCUGCAUACAUGCAGUUGCUAGAAGCUUGUAUUAUAAUGACAACUGUUGGAUCAGCUCUGAUACUCACCUGCUCUACAUCAUCCAUGGCCCUAUUUGUGCUGCUCUAUUGGUGAAUCUUUUCUUCCUGUUAAAUAUUGUCCGUGUACUCAUAACCAAGCUGAAAGACACCCACAAGGCAGAAUCCAACCUGUACAUGAAAGCAGUACGAGCUACCCUCAUUCUGGUUCCCCUGCUUGGCAUCGAAUUUGUGCUGUUUCCAUGGCGACCAGAAGGUCGAAUCACUGAGGAAGUCUAUGAAUAUGUGAUGCACAUCCUUAUGCAUUACCAGGGUCUACUGGUAGCUACAAUUUUCUGCUUCUUCAACGGAGAGGUCCAAGCUGUUCUGCGAAGACACUGGAAUCAGUACAAAAUCCAGUUUGAGCACAGCUUCAGCCACUCAGAUGCUAUGCGCACUGUUUCCUAUACAGUAUCAACAAUCAGUGAUGUUCCAGGCUACAGCUACAACCACGACUGCACCAGUGAACAUUUAAAUGGCAAAGGCUAUCAUGACAUGGAGAGUGUGGUUUUAAAAACUGAAAAGUUAUACGGUUGACCGAAAAGACUCUGCAUAUGCCGGUGUUCACCCUCAGAAUUUAUGAACUUGAAGUUUGAUUUGAUGACUUAAUGGCCAGAAGAUUCAAUCUAACUUGGGAGUAUCAUUUUCUCCUGAAUGAUGCAAACUAAACCAACACAUUUUCGUAUGUAUAUAUACAUGUGUUUGUGUUUGUCUAUUGAUAUAGUAUGGACAUUCAUACAUACAUCAAUCUACUUAGCUAUAUAUAUGUGUAUUUACAGAAGUAUAGAAACAUUGCCUCUUCAGUUUCUACUAUGUAGACCAAGUUGGCAAUUUUUUGUACAAGGGGAAUCAAUGAAUGAAGGAUUUCGUAUUUUCUUGGAAGUUUCUAUGAAGACAGGGUUGUACUGAAGCCACUUCAUUUGCCUAUAGAAACUUAGCGUGUAAAUACCAUACUGUAUUGUCUUAAUCAAACCUAAAACUGAACAAAGGAAAAUUGUUAAAAUAGGUGCAAUAGUUACAGUAGGUUGUCCAGAUUAAUUAAAUGUCCAGUAUUUGAUUGGCAAAAAGCAACAAAAAAACACCAACAGAUAGUCUAGGAUAAUAGAUCCAAGAUAGUAAUGCUGAGCCAGUUUGAUUUUGCAACUAUUUUUAAUGAAGCAUCAGAGAUGCUAGUACAAGUCAAAGAUUUUAUUCACUUGUGUAUUGCAGCAUAACAGUUUACAGCAAGCCUUGAACAAUUUUAUUUUAACUGUUUUCACAUACACAGGAGUGUCUCCUCAAGCUAAUGAAUGCAGAUGAGAUCAAUGAUGAAGCCUUACUGAAAAGUAAGAGUACAGAAAGAAUAGUAACCUGAAUACCUAUAAACCCAUCUGAAUAUUAAUUCAAGCUGAUAGAACGUCGCUGUGUGCUUAAGCAUUUUACUUGACUGGGAAAAAUCAUGUACAGAUUUUGUUGUAGCCAUGUUGUUUGUUUUUCUUUUAAGUAUUUCCAUGGCCAAUAUGCCUGAUAAAGUUAUUCCUUUGUUUUGGAAGGCAAUGUUUUGAUUACGUUUGUGACUUAUUAGAGAAAAGUGGACUGGACUGAACACAGUGCAAAUGAUUUGCUAUCUGUGAAGCCAGUGUGUGAGAUAGAUUAAUCAUGCAAAUUAACAUCAAUAACAUAUUAUUCCUUUUUGUUGGUGAUGGUGGGUUUUUUUUGAAAAUCCAAUAUAGGAUUUGUCUUAGAAAACUUUAAGGUUUAAGAAUUCUAGUAUUAUUUGUGACGUGCUUGAUUCAGACCAGUUCUUUUAAAGGAAGUUGUUUCUUUUGGCUCUACUGGUUUAUAAAGGUCUCACUGAAGAAAUGAGAAGAUUGUGGAGAAGGUAUUGAAAAAAUAUGUCUAGCAAACUGUGUACACCUUUUGUGCUUAAAAGAAAUAGUAGUUAUAUUAAGUGAAACAAAAUGCUCAAGUAUAAGAGAUGAAUUUGUAUAAGUCUUACUAAAAAUCUAAGAAAUAGAAAAAUGUGUUAUAGGUAUACUUUGCAGAAAAGUCUACUUCAAAAGUUGGGGGAGAAAAAAAGAGGAGUGGAUACUGGAGCUUAUCGAUGAUUAUGCUCAUGUGCAUCAGGUAAGCAGGUCAAAAAAACUGAAAGACAGAUUUUUCUAAACCACUUUAGUUCUAAAUACUUAAUUUUGAAAAUGAAGUACUUGAUUUUUACAUCUGAACGUUUUUUUCAGUAGCUUUUCUGUAAGCUUCAUUAGCAUGGAAUUAAUUUGCUGUUUCAGUAUUUAUUUUCAUGUAACUUUGUAAGGCCUCACAUGCUUUGUAUUUAGAAGGAAAAUGUUAAGAGGAUGCAGUAAAUUCAUGCCACUUGCACCUUUCAGUGUUGUUUUGUUUUUUUAACACUUUUGUCUAGAGUUUGAGUGUAGGGUUUUGUUAAUGAUGUAGUUUCAUAACAUAGAAUCUCAGCUAAGAUAUUAAAAUGGAGAUUUCUGUUAAUCUGCAAGGCUAUCUGCUCAAGUGCUGGAAAUAACAUGAAAAUCAUGUGCUGUACUAGAGUAGUGUGAAAUCUGGAAAUCCUGUAUCACAGCAUCUGAUGAUGGUGUCUGUUCCAACAUGAUUAGACGUUGGUUACAACGCAACUUGCUCAUUUUUUAAAAAGUAAUUAAUUAAGUAAUUUAGGGUUACUUAAAAAUCUUUGCAAUGUGCUGAAAAUACUAGUAGUGCAGGACAUCCCUGCUCUGUUAUACCAGCUUAGCACACACAAGGGAACAGAUCAUCAACUGGUAUAAAUAUUUGAGUUCCAAGUUUGGAAUUAGUGGGUACUAUCUGAGAAUCAAAGCCUAUGCAGAUGCUUGUCUAUUGGAAAGUGCUUCACAGCAUAUGUACAGCAUAUUAUACGACAAUUAUUUCAAUGGUACCUGGUGGGUUGUUACAAUUAAAACAUGUAACAGCUGAGAAUAUGAUAUGAUAUUAGAUUUUGAUUUCAGUUUAUUUCUCAGCUAGGCAGUUAAAUUUAAUAACCUGCAAAUUUGUGUCUUCUGAUACAAAGACUAAACGCUAAUAGUUCACUGUCCUCUAUUGAGAGAUUAUUUUAAUGGUAAUUUACAGGGGGAGAAUUCUUUUCACAGAACCUAUCCUGCUUCUAGGUGGUCAGUCACAGCGUGUUUCUAGGUGCACUUUUCAAAAGGAAACACAUGGAGCUGGAUAUGCAAAAAAAGGGUUUGUGGCUGUACAAGGACAGGAACACUCCCUCAUCCUCAUGAGUUUCUGUUUUGC